GCUCCUUAGCAGUUUUCAGAUAGCAUAUAGGAUUUCCUUUCUUGCAUUUUUUAUGACCUAAUACAUUGCAAGACGCGGUUUAACGACCAACUCGGAGAAAAAAAACAAGCUGGAAAAGCAAGCUAUUCAAGUGCACUAUUGUAAGAGGAACUGGUUUCUACCGAAGGCAAGCCGCCAUUUUGUUGCGAUCGUCUACAACUCUACAUUCACCUGGAAGCUUCGUUGAGUGAAAGACCACAUGGCUGUCGAUGUCACGAGAGCCCCACCGACCAUUCCGUCGUGCCUCGUGCUACUGUUGCUUCUGCUCGGAACAGCGCUCGCGCGAGGCAAACGCUUUGGGGACCAACAUUACAACGAAUCGAUACUCCCACUCGAACCGGGACCGCAGAUACACCGCGAACCGAUACUCCCACUCGAACCGGGACCACAGAUACACCGUGAACCGAUACUCCCCCUCGAACCGGGACCACAGAUACACCGUGAACCGAUACUCCCCCUCGAACCGGGACCACAGAUACACCGUGAACCGAUACUCCCCCUCGAACCGGGACCACAGAUACACCGUGAACCGAUACUCCCCCUCGAACCGGGACCACAGAUACACCACCGGCAUGGGAAGAUUCGAGCUCCUUUUGAAUGUCCAUGGUUCACUAAUGCGUUGCGCCACUGCAUCAGGACACGGCUGUCUGCGCGGCGGUUUGAACACAUCCUGACCGAAAUCGAUGAUGAACCUUAUACCAGGGGUCUCCUUCUAUGCUUGACCCGAAGAGCCGUUGAAGCACCAGAUGGAAUCUACUGCACAGAUAGAGAGUCCGUGCAUAUCUUGAAAUCUUGCGUAGAAGACAACCUCGCCAAGCACAGCAGGGCUCGCCGAGAAGAAACCAAGGAACUUACUCAUGAAAUGGAGAGAUGCUUGCAAGAGAUUCAUCGUCUAAAAAUUAAUAAGCGAAGACACAAGACAAUGACGCAUCACCGCUACCACUCGUGACCUCGCCGUCCGUUUUCAUUUCUGCUGAAAGACAAAAAACGAAGAAGAAACGUGACAUAUCACGAAAGUGCAAGCAAAUAAACCACCUG